AUGGAGACAUCUCAGUUUUACUAUAAACAAGUAGCAGUUAUCCAAGGGCGAUUUUUUUCUAUUUAUGACAGAAAAACUGAAUAUCAAAUCGGAAAAACCCUUCACCAAGAAGCAGCCCCAAACCAUCAAUCCGGAUACUAUGUUUACAAAACUCCAUAUCAAGCUUUAAUAUCAAAUAUUCCUUAUAAAGAAGGAGGGAAUUUCGUUGCACCAAGAACAAUACUAAAAGUCAUAGCCUGAGGCGAAUGCAUUGAAUACCCAAACCAUAAAUUCUCAUUUUCUUAUCCCCUUACAAAUUUUAUUGCUCUAAUCAUUAAUUUAUCAAUCUUCUGCCUAAUUAAUAGAAAUUAGUAUACAUUUUACCUGUAGAGGAUAUUGGGCUACCUUUUGGGUAUAUAUCAACGCAAUAUGCCAGAAAUUAUGAUAGAAAAAAUGCAAAAUUAAAACCCAAAACUUCUAGUAUGAAAGAAGAAACUAAAAAACUUGAAGAAGAGGUAAAAAAAUUAGAAGAUUUAGCAAUAAGAAUGGGAAUAAAUAUUUAA